ACUCCGGCGCGGUUGUUGUUGGGCGUGGAGGGAUUUGCGCGGCUCGUCCCCGCAUUACGUCUCGCUCGAACUUUCCUCGAUCCAUCCCUACCACCGCCGGUCGUCCGCCGCUGUUGCAAUGCCGCUGUGACCGGGGUCCAAGGAGUCGCGGCGUAGAGCGAGGAGGCAUUCCUGCAUGAUCCGUCUCUGCGGAAAUCAAAACACCGCGGCUCGCAAAAAAAAAAACUACGUUUUACACACGCGUGUGCGUGCGGUCCCGCGUACACAUCCCCCGCUUCCGCGCGCGCAUCCGCGCGCUCCGACGCGAAUGCUCCUGUUGUUUGGGCGCAUCGUAAUCCCGAAAUAGGAUCAAGGAUAACGACGUCAUAAAUUUUUUCGCGUCUACGUGCUGCGGCGCCGUGCGAGAGUUGAGAAACCGGUCGGUUGUAUUCAAAUUCACAUUUUAAAGAGAAUAUAAAUUUUAAACAGCCUCCUGCAAAAUGGUUUCGUUAGUGGCAAGCGUCAGAGCUACCAGCUCUCUUCAUCACUGGUGCGCCUGUGCCGCGAGGACAUUGACUACGAGCGCGAUGCCAAGUCCUAAGGAUGACGCGAAAGAAGUCAUCGUUAAUUAUUUAGAUGGGAAAGACAACGGCAUCGCUGUAUUAGGAUUGAACAGGCCUGCCGCUCGCAAUUCUUUCAGCAAGGUCUUGAUCUCUCAAUUGAAUGAAGCGCUGGCUUCCAUUAGGCAAAACAGCAAGCUGAGAGUGUUGAUAGUACGCAGUCUGAUUCCAAAAGUGUUUUGCGCCGGGGCUGACCUACGGGAAAGAUUCAAGAUGGACAAUUCCGAGGUGCAGCGAUUCGUGUCCUCACUGAGAGAUCUCAUGACCAACGUGGAGACCCUACCAACGCCGGUGAUAUCGGCUAUCGACGGUGCAGCGCUGGGCGGAGGAUUAGAGCUCGCGUUAGCCAGCGAUAUCAGGGUCGCCUCUUCCGAGGCAAAGAUGGGUCUCGUAGAGACGAAACUGGCCAUAAUUCCAGGCGCCGGCGGAACUCAGAGACUUCCGAGGAUAAUCGGCGUACCCAAGGCUAAAGAAUUGAUUUACACCGCGCGCAUUCUGGACGGCGAGCAGGCGAUGCAGAUCGGUCUCGUGAACGAGGUAGUUCCGCAAAACAAGGUCGGCGAUGCAGCUUAUCAAAUGGCUCUCUCAAUCGCGAGAGAAAUUUUGCCCAAUGGUCCCAUCGGCGUUAAAUUGGCGAAAGUGGCCAUAUCUAAAGGCACGGAGGUAUCUCUCGAAGACGGUAUGGAGAUUGAGGGGCAAUGCUACAGCAAACUCGUGGAUACAAAGGACAGAAUCGAAGGACUCGCCGCUUUCGUGGCGAAGCGCGUACCCGUCUACCAAGGAGCGUAAAAAUUCACGGUGCCAUAACAAAACGUUUAAUUCACAGACUAUCAUAUCAUGAACGGAAUACAUUUUAUAUACGUUUUAUAUAUCACAAAAUAUAUAUAUUAACAUCU